CAGAGGAAUCAGUUGUAUUUCCGACUUCUACGAGGAGAGAUUUUGUGCGUGAACUAUGGAGCAGUGGAAAAAUCGAGUUGCUGUUGUGACGGGAGCUUCCGGAGGGAUUGGAGCUGCCAUUGCUAAAACUCUCGUCAACGCCGGAAUGAUAGCUGUAGGAUUGGCGAGGAGAGCUGAGAAAGUUGAAGCUCUGAAGAAGGAUCUUCCGGCUCAUCUUCAGGGAAAUCUUCACGCUGUGAAAUGCGACAUCACCAAGGAAGACGAUAUCAUCAGCGUCUUCGAUGGAAUUGAUUCCAAAUUUAAAGGAAUCGAUGUUCUAGUCAACAAUGCUGGCAUUAUUCGCCAGACGGAUUUAAUUGACAAAGACAAUUCUGUGCCAAUUCGAGAAGUUAUGGACGUAAAUGUUUUUGGCUUAGUUUUUUGCACUCGUGAAGCCUAUAAGUCAAUGGAAAAGCACGGAAGAAACUCACAUGUUGUACAUAUCAACAGCACAGCUGGUCAGCAAAUCUUCUGUUAUCAGGAUGACAUAUCCUAUAAUAUGUACACUCCAAGUAAGUUCGCCGUGACUGCGAUAACAGAAAUUCAUCGCCAGGAGUUCAUCAGGAGCAAACGUCAUAUCAAAGUGUCUUCAGUGAGUCCUGGACUGGUCAAAACGGAAAUCUUCAUGCCGGAACACAGGGAUGUGUUCUCUAAGUAUCCUGUUCUCGAACCAGAAGACAUCGCACAGAGUGUCCUUUACGUUUUGGGAACUCCCCCACAUGUUCAAGUACACGAAUUGAUCGUGAAACCCUUCGGAGAGCCUUAUUAAAUCACUUUUUGUAAUACAAACUCACAUUGUGUAAUAAAG